CAUGUGUUUCACGCAAAGUUUGCGUACAGAACAGUUUUGUCGUAGCUACUUCGCUCUUUGGAUUUAUAGCUCAAUAGCUUGGGGAGGAGAGCUGGAAAUAGGUGUAUGAAGAGAGGACUGGGUGAAUUUUGUGUUUUCCGCGUGGUAAACAGAUCUCAUCAGCACAACCAAAUACAGAUAUGCUAACAUCAUUUGUCAGCCAGUGAGCUUCUUUUUUUUUCUUUGUGUUAAUCAGGAAGGGGUAUACUUAAAAAACAGUCGGUACUGGACAGAAUGACAUUUUCAUGUAAUACUGCUUACUGACACCUAAAGUAUUGGAAAUACUGAUCUCGAUACUCUGCCACCUAGCCUAGUUAGCUAGCUAGCCAGUCUGGACAGCUGUUGCUGGUUGCACACUGUCAUCAUCUCUGAUUCAACAAAAUUAUCUGCUGUUUAUGAUAGCGCCUGUUUUUCCUAGCGCAAUUUUUAGAUUCCCUGUGAGUUAGCUUUUAACAUAGUUCGGUAGGAAAGACAGGGAACGCAUUUGUCGCGUGAGCACUCUUGAUUAGGCUAUGUGCAGUAACUGUACCCCUUAGUGUUUUAUCUGAAAGUACGUUUUGAGACACUUCAUCUAUCAACGCAGACUCUUGGAUUGAAGGGGCAGGGUUUUGGUCUUUGUCGAAAAUGCAGAGGUUGUGAGGGAGCUGGUAAAGCUUCCGGGUUCCAUGUUGCAUUUUGUGGAUGAUGAUGCGGAUGACCUGGCUGAUAACAGUAAUAAACAGAAGAAUGCUGAAGCUACUGGUCGCCCUCGCUCUCAUUGCAUAUAUCGCCUCUGUCUGGGGCACCUACACAAAUAUGAGAUCCAUUCAGGAGCACGGGGAGAUGAAGAUAGAACAGAGGAUAGAUGAGGCUGUAGCUCCUCUACGAGAGAAGAUUCGGGAUCUAGAGCUGAGUUUUACCCAGAAGUACCCACCUGUGAAGUUCCUCUCUGAAAAAGACAGGAAGAGGAUUCUGAUCACGGGAGGAGCGGGCUUUGUUGGCUCCCACUUGACGGAUAAAUUAAUGAUGGACGGACACGAGGUCACCGUGGUGGAUAACUUCUUCACCGGCCGCAAGAGAAACGUGGAGCACUGGAUUGGUCACGAGAACUUUGAGCUCAUUAACCAUGACGUGGUAGAACCACUAUAUAUCGAAGUUGACCAGAUCUAUCACUUGGCUUCACCUGCAUCUCCACCCAACUACAUGUACAAUCCCAUCAAGACUCUGAAGACCAACACUAUUGGCACGCUUAAUAUGUUGGGUCUGGCCAAGCGUGUCGGCGCUCGUUUGCUGUUGGCUUCCACGUCAGAGGUAUACGGAGAUCCAGAGGUGCAUCCUCAAAAUGAAGACUACUGGGGCCACGUAAACCCGAUCGGGCCCCGCGCGUGUUACGAUGAAGGGAAACGGGUCGCUGAGACCAUGUGCUACGCCUAUAUGAAACAGGAGGGUGUGGAGGUGCGUGUGGCGCGGAUCUUUAACACGUUUGGCUCUCGUAUGCACAUGAACGACGGCCGGGUGGUCAGUAACUUUAUUCUGCAGGCCCUGCAGGGAGAGCCCUUAACGGUAUAUGGCUCAGGUUCUCAGACGAGAGCGUUUCAGUAUGUCAGUGACCUUGUGAACGGAUUGGUGUCGUUGAUGAACAGUAACAUCAGUAGCCCAGUUAACCUGGGUAAUCCAGAGGAGCACACAAUACUGGAAUUUGCCCAGCUCAUAAAAGGCUUGGUCGCCAGUCGCAGUCACAUUCAGUUUCUGCCUGAGGCCCAGGACGACCCGCAGAGGCGACGCCCAGAUAUCCGCAAGGCUAAAAUGCUGCUGGGCUGGGAACCUGUGGUACCCCUGGAGGAGGGCCUGAAUAAAACCAUUCAGUACUUCAGCAGAGAGCUUGAACAUCAGGCCAAUAAUCAGUAUAUUCCCAAACCCAAGGCUGCGCGUAUGAAGAAAGGUAGACCCAGACACUUCUGAGGGUCUCCGGGAAACCUCAGGGAAACCGGGCCGGGGCGGCGACGAGCACCCGGGGCGUCCCAGAGCCAUUUCACAGCGGAAGGACGUCUUUUUUUCCACGUGCGAAAAAGAACAUUUCUUUUUCGAAUGACUUGCUAUCUUAAUAACAAGUGACUGGAAGAAAACUGUCUCUGUUAAGCUUGUUUUUUGAUGGAUGUGCCUCAAAAACAAAGAAUGGAA